UAUACACCUACACUCACUGCUUCGGCCUGUCUAUACUGCUUUCAAACUACUGUCAGCGACUGACUGGUGAUACGACAAAGCAGGCAACAUCAGUCCAUCGUAUAGCCUUUGCGGUCCCGCAUGUUCUGGAGAUUUGGCUUCCACAAUGCGUCCACGAUUGAUAGUCUCCUGGAUAAGGAGGACGUAUCAUUAGAGGCUAUCUUAGACGAAGACGACCUGCUCCAGGAGUGCAAAGCCCAGAACACGCGACUCGUCAGCUACUUCCAGCGGAUAGAUGUGCUGCAGCGCUUGCUUGGCUAUGUGACGGGCCAGAUUGAGGGGGAGGAUAGGGGUCGAUUCAAGUACCCAUACGUCUCCACCGAGGUCCUGUGCAGCGAAAUAUGGACCAUAGUAGAAACAUGCCUCAACAACCGCGAGCAGUUGCUCACCCCAUUUUGGGAGACAGUCAUGGACAGGUCACCAGAAGACAUGAAGACGCAGAUGGUCAUGGCGUCCCAGUUCGCCAAGAUAAAUGCUGUUUUCUUGAGCAAAAAGCCUGCGGAGAUGCUUGCUUUCAUUCGAUCGCAACCGAACAUCGUAGACCGACUGCUUCGCCACAUCGAGACUCCCGCGUUCGCCGACCUGCUCGUCAGGAUCAUCCAGCUGGACGAGCAGCCCGCCGGUGCAACCGUUCUCGACUGGCUAUCCGAAGAGAACCUUAUGUCUCGCCUCGUCGACCUGCUUUCCCCUGCUUACAGCCCCGACAUGCACACGGUCGUCUCCGAGCUCAUCAAGGGCAUCAUCUCCAUGGCUGCUCCUUCACCUGGCGCUGGCAUUGCUGACAACCAAGUCUCGCCCUCAAACUGCUUUGCAAGAGAGCUGGCUCACCGUGACAGCGUCUCCAAGCUAGUUAGCUAUAUCCUCUGUGAUUUUGGCCCGACCGUACCGGAACCCUCAACACCUACUGGCCCUGAGACAAUCCAAGCCGACUCUGCGCAAACGAAAGCCGACCCGGAGUGCGCUGCAUCAUCUGUCGUGCAGUCUAUUUGCAUCAUCAUCGAGCUGAUUCGGCAAAACAACUCGGACUAUUUUGAGCCGUAUCUGUUCCACACACUGCGCAACCGGCUGAUACAGAUACAGCAGCAGCUACAGAUGAAUAGGCAGGGUGGCCGCGAGGCGCUCGAGGCGGCGUUCAACGAAAUGGUUAACCGUAUGGGCGUCGUGCACCUCGGACCUUUGCUGGAUAUCAUGUGCGACAAGUUGGACACAUUGCAGCAAUUCCUCCGGCAACCAAGAUCCAUGAGUGGGCAUGUCUUGACCACAGUGGGCGAAUUGACGCCGUUAACCUUCGAACGUUACCGGAUAUGCGAGCUCUAUGCUGAGCUAUUGCACGCAUCAAAUAUGUCAUUGCUCAAUCGACCACGGGAAUAUGACAAUCUGUACGAUGCCUCUGGUCGGCUACAGGGUGGAUUGUCCGCACUGGAACAACUGGCUCAGGUUAUUGCUAUCGGCUCCGGUGGCGAACCGAACGAGGAUGACAUGGACGACGAAGAGGGCGACGAGGUCGAACCCGCUCACGACUUCCCCGUUCAUAAUGCGCAAAACGACUCGUCGUCGCUUCUGGACUCUGACGAGGAUAUGAGCGGGGACGACGAACCGGGCAGCUCCGAUGACGACGCCAUGGAAGAAAUUGCCAUGUACGAUGAACCAGGGUCCAACGUGAACAAGGAUCCUCUUCUGACGGCGUCUCCCCUCUCCCGCUCGUCUCCUCUACUCUCAUCAUCACCCUCCGUUCCAUCCUCAUCAUCACCGAGCUUCGUCCCAUCAGCCAACCUGGUGCCCUCUCCCGGUACCUCCCCCACAGAUGUGCCCGCCAUCACACUUCCACGCCAAAACUCUUGGAAUUCUGGAUCAGAUACGGACACGCUUUCAAGACCGCGGUCAAGUAGUUCUCGCCGGAGCACCCGGAGACAGAGCACAAUGGAGAACUUCGCCAACGGGCGUCCGGUACUCGGCGAGAGGCUGAAGCAGCGGUUUCUUGAAGCCAACGUCGUGUCUACCCUUCUCGAUCUGUUUUUCGACUUUCCUUGGAACAAUUUUCUUCACAGUGUAGUGUACGACCUCAUCCAUCAGAUUCUGACAGGUCGAAUCGACGGUGGGUUCAACCGCGAGCUCACAAUAGCACUAUUCCGGGACGCGCGAUUGAUGCACCGCAUCAUCGAGGGCUCAAAGCGAAACGAUCAGGAAAGUGCAAAGCCGAAAGGCGUCCGCCUGGGCUACAUGGGCCACCUAACGCUCAUCUCCGAGGACGUGAUCGGCGCACUCGAGCACUUCCCGCCCGACUUGCGGCUGCUCGCCGCGCAGUACGCGCCGCAGCCGGAGUGGGACGAGUACGUGACGGGGCGGUACAAGGAGACGAAGAAGAAGGACACGAUCCUGCUCGGCGGGGGCAAGCCCGUCGUCGCGCCGGGCAUGCGCAACGGGUCCGCGGCGUGGAAGGUCGACGAGGCGGACACGGGCACGGCGCCGGGGCGAGCCGCGCAGCAGGACGGCGAGGACGGCGAGGGCCAGAUGAAGGGCGAGUUCCGGCGGACGGCGAAGAUGCGCGAGGGGAGCGCGGACUUUGGUACGAUGGACGAUGACGACGAGGAGUUUUCGCGGGCGGGGCCGCCGCAUUUCGCGCAGUACCUGGCGCAGGAGAUGCAGUCCGCGGAGCAUUUCGAGUCGGCGGACGAGGCGUCGGACGAUGAGGAGGAGGACGGCGGGUGGCUAGCCCAUUCGACGUUCGACCUCCGCCCGCCGCCCGUGUCUGCGCGGCAGCAUGAAGGCGAUCGAAGACCGCUCAGUACGAGUGGGUUUGACGAUGCCUUCGCUCCAUCUAACAGCCAGAGUCACAACAGCGGCCCCUUCGAAGACCCCUUCGACGACGACACCUUCGGCCCCUUCUCCGACACGGCGGCGGCGAGCGGGGUGGACCCAUUCACGUUCUCGUCCACGUCGCGCCUCGCCGAGGAGCCCGAGCCCGAGGCGGAGCACCUCGAGGACGCGUCGUUCGACUCGUUCGGCGACUUUGGCGACUUCCAGAGCGCGGAGAGCGGGUCGGCGGACGGGGGCGGCGCGGGGAGCUGGAGCUUCGCGAGCACGUCGAGCACGGGCUCGCUCGACGAGUUCGGCGGGGGGUCGCCCCAGGGGAAGGCGGAACGGACUCAGUGAGGAGGGUUGCUGGGGAGCUGCUAGCUAUUGGCUGGGCGCGGCGACGGUUGUCGUUCUUGAACUUGGAACUUUGUGACGAGGGAUGUGUUCUGUGAUGCGAUUUGAGGUGUGGUGACGAGA